UCUCAGGCCGAUCCUCUUCAACAACGGAGUGUGAACUCUGCUGCCGCUGGGCCCGAAGAAAUGUCCCUGGAGGAACUGAUGCACCCGCGGGUAGCUACCAUCGUUUCCCGUCCCUCCGACUCCUCCCUGCACAGUAAUCCCCUCCUCCUCCACUCAGGAUCUGAGACUUCCUCCAAUUUAGCUCUGCCGGACGAGAUAUUUCGCCUGUAG